AUGAAGAUGACUGAUCUUUUGAUUAAGCUCGGCAUCAACCUGGACCUGAGGAACCGUUCCGGUAAAACAGUGUUGCAUCAGCACGUCUGUGAUGCUGACCUAGACGCCGUUUUACGUCUGCUGACUUUACAUGCUGAUGUCAACCUUCCUGAUGUU